AUGCCCGUCCUUCUCGAAGCGUCGUGGCCGCGGAUUAAGCGUAUGGAGGUCAAGGGCGCAGCUUUUGGUGUUGCGGUUAAGUACAUGCCUGAGCGGCCUUCACAUAUGGGAGAGGAUGGACAGUUCGACUUUGAGCAGAGUAGAUUCGGAAUUCAAAUGACCGCCGAGAAGAUACCAAAGACCACCGUGAGAGCUCCUACCACAUUUGCUCGCGGUCGUAAUACCUCUCUUGAGCUUAUCACCUGA